AUAGUUUUUUGCCUUGAGUGGCGCGGUAUGGGGGCCACUUCGGCAAGCUCCGUCUUCCAGUUGGCCGAGCCAACUCAGGUUGGUUCGACCAACUGGAGAAUUGACAAGUGAGGCCUUUUGGGAGACUUGUCAAUUCUAGUUGGCCGAACCAACCUGAGUUGGCUCGGCCAACUGGAAGAAGGAGUUUGCCGAAGUGGCGCCCGUACCGCGCCACUCAAGGCAAAAAAGCAUAUAUAAUAAUAAUAAAAUGGCGUCGUCGAGAAAAUUCUUUUCUGAAGGAAUUUUCUUUCCUUUGGCAAUUUUAUUAUUAUAUGGCUCAGUUUUCCUAAGAGACCUUAUCCAGCUAUAUCAGGUAAGCAACGGGGAGGGGUUCACAGCCUCCUGGCCUGAUCCUUAGAUGUUUGGUGGGCUACCCAAAGGUGCAGGAGUCAAGUUUUGAGCAAGGCAACGCAGCCCAUGAGAUCUGGACACCAAUUGACCGUCACUUGCUUAGGAUGGUUCGUUGACCCGAUAAAAAGGGUGACGUCAGAUAUGCCCGGUGACGUCAUCAGUUGGUGUCUACUGGGAUGAGCCCUUGUGGCUUUGUUGAAUCACCCUGUAGAGCUGGAGAAGCACGUUAAACAUUCUAAGUAAUGUUAAUAUUAAUGCUAAUGGCAUAAAUAUAUAUGUCAACUGAACCAGACACAGAAGUUCUAUAUGAAUUUAUAAAGGAGUUUUUGACUGAAAAUAACUUUGAAAGCACAUUUGAAUGUUUUAAAGCAGAAAUUAGAGCGAAAAAGGUGUCAAAAGAGUUUAAAAUGAAGGCUCAAAAUGAAAUAUCUAUGGGAAUAACUGAAUCUGAAUGAAGAUUUCAUAAGCUGAUGAGAGAUUCAGAGAAAGUUAAAGAAUGAGAAAAUGAAAAUAAAAAAUUAAUUGAGGCUUGACAAAAGGCAUUAAUAAUAGCGGCAGACUUAAUCAAAAAAAUAGAAAACCUGAGGCUCAAUGCCGAUCAAGAAAUAAUUGCGAAUUAUCGACUACAAAUUUCCAGGCUCUGUAGUCAAUUUGGCUUAAAAAUUGAUGAGGUUCAGCAGAGUUUUGAAAGAACUUCUAUAAAAGUUCAAGACUAUAAAGAAAGGAUCUUAGAAAAUUUAAAUUCUAAAGACUAUAAUUCUUUAAACAAGAAUCUUAUAGAGCUCAGAAACGAAUCAUUGUUAAUUCCUAAAGAAGGGAGGCAAGACUAUUUAAAUUCGCUGGUAGCAAGAAAUAUAUUUUCAAAUAAUUUGAAAAAAUUUUUAGAAGUUGAUAAUCGAAAUACAAAGAAAAAUAUUUUAGGAAUAGUUUCAAUAUUAUGCUCAAGCCAGCAAGGCAGACAAUAUAUAUUAGCAAAUAAUGCAGAAUGAUUAAUCAAUUUCUUUAUAAAUUUUGCAAAAAUUGCACCAUCUGGAAGUGUCUCUCAGAGAUUUUCCAUUUCUAUAUUACAGAAAUUGACAUAUUCAGAAGAUGAAGUCUGCAUGAUGAUUUCAAGGACAGAUUUUAUUGAGUGGCUGAUUAAAAAUUUAUUAUACACACAAAUUAUGAGGAAAUCACGCUCACAUCCUUUUAUUCAAAUUUUUGGGAGCGCUCUUCUUGCAAAUCUUCUUAAUUAUCAAUCAGGAAGAGAUUUUGUUUUAAAUUUCUCAGAUAUAAAUGCUCUAUUACGAUGCUUACUUACUAUACUUAAAGACCCAGAGCUGCAAAUAGGAUCAAUUUAUCCUAUUUUACUGUCAAUUUCUGUAAUUUCAGCCACCAAAAAUAUUGAAGACAUUAAUAUUUCUAACGAAAUCCAAGAAUUCAUUGAAAUUUUCAGAAGAAGACAGGCAGUAGAUGAAGAUUUCCGUAGUAUCAUUUUUUCAGCUUGUACCAACAUAACACAAAAGCAGGAAAUAAUCCAUAAAUCUUCAGAAGAUAAUUCGUCUGAACAGAUAUUAGAUUUUGAAUGCUUUCCUGACGAAAUCUUAUAA